AUGGACAUGCUUAUGAAUUCUUCUGAAGAAGGAAAAAUAGAUCACCUGUAUGCAGCAAUUCAAGAAAAUCCACACAUUUUGGAUCUGAUCGAGGAGAUCCCAUUUGCAGAAACUCCAUUACAUGCAGCUGCAUCUGUGGGACACAUCCAGCAUGCCAUGGAGAUCAUGAGAUUAAAGCCAUCAUUUGCUAGGAAGUCCAACCAAGAAGGCUUCACCCCAAUCCACUUUGCAGUGCAAAAGGAACAUUAUCAAUUAGUUCUCUGGCUAGUAGACAUGGAUAGUGACCUUGUCCGUGUUGAAGGAAGGGAAGGCAUAACUCCUCUUCAUUAUGUAGACAAGAAGGCAAAUCUUCAUAUCUUGGAUAGACUUCAAUGGGACUGCCAUGAACAGGCUCGAUACUGGGAGAAAAGGAUUCUCAACUGGAAGGAUGUGGAAGGCAACACUGUGUUACAUAUUGCAACACCUAGAAAUCAACCCCAGAAGAUGAAAGCCGAGCUGAUGUUAGGAACCAGUGUUGGUACAGUUCGAGCUUCUUCUCUUCCUGCUUAUGAUACCUCAGCAUUUUUAAGGUACCCACCUGAUAGCAGGGAUAUAACCAGUGGGCAGCCUUAUAAUGGAUUUCACUUUUGCUUUUUGUUGUCAGAUUGGACUUACAAUUUAAUAGAUUUUGGAUAG